AGGAUAAGUGGUAGAAAAUGAAUGAAUGAAUGGACUCGACUUGACAAUAUUAUUACAGACUUGCAAUUUGCAUGUUGUCACCAAUGACUCGGGACUUGACUUGGACCCUUAUCUAAUGGCUUGAAAAUACUUGCUAUUUUGCAGAAAGACAAUGUAUUUUCCCUUUGAAUCUGCCUCAUGGAAUGUAUCUAUUAACAUCCAAUCAAGUAGAAGAACACACAACAAAUAUGUGGAUUACUAAAUCCCGAAUGCUAAGUUAGCACUUUUUUUUUUGUGACUAAGUCUUGUCAGACUGGUCUUGUUUAAAUAAAUGAAAACAAAUCAAAUGCAUUCAUUGUAUUUGUCAAAUAUAAUGGAUUGUUACAUUGUUAAAAUAGCAUUUGAUUUGGGAGACACUAAAGAGUGAUUAUGACUUGUAAGCCCAUGACUUUGGACUUGACUUUGUCACGGUUCGGCUUCAUUGCUUUAUGGUUCGACCCCAGGAUGCAGAGAGCAGGACCAAUUGCAGGAAAAUUAUAUUUAUUUGUUGCAGAAAUUGCAGCAGGAAAAAGCAACUCACAUAGCUGACGGACAAACAACAAUGAUCCCACAAAGGGAGAAGCGCACACCUGAACUAAAUAGACCAAUACAAAUUAGGGACAGGUGUGGAUGAGUGGGGCAACCAAGGAAGACAGGGCAAAACAGGAAAUUAAAUACAAAAUAAGAGUCCAGAACGGAAACCAAACAAACUGUCACGAGGGAACCCACACAGGGCGUGACAGACUUGUUUUGACAUGAGACUUGACUUGGUUUUGACUCCACUCAAGACUUGAGAUGAAAGACUUGCAAAACACUGACUUGACUUGACUUCCCUUCAUGACGUCAUGAAAAAACUGCAACUUCAGACAUGAGCAUUUGAGAAAUGAAAUCUAUGAGCAAUGAGUUGCAUGAGUUAGAAACAGAAAUUUUACAUUUUAGUAUGUUUUCCAGGUACAAGCUGGACUACAGUUCUGAACAAUGAGCUUCCAGGAGAGUGUGUGUUUGUUGUGUUUAUGUGUGUGUAUGCAUUGGUGUGUGUGAAAAAGAACAGGAGAAACACGCCUAAGACCUACUUUAUCUCGGAGCAUAUUCUUUCACUUUCUCAUUCAGCAGGGAUGGUCGGCAAAAACUGAAAGCAACCUGACAUGUAAGCAGAGAAGGCGAGAGAGGAUGACUAAAGGGAAGAAAAUGUGUAAAAAAGGAGGUGAUGCAGUAGAGUGGCUGUAUAAAAUGGGCGGAACGUUCAGUGAGCAGGAAGGAAGUUGGUUAAGGUACACUUGCACACCUGAGCGAGACCACUCCUUUUCAGAGCAAGCACAGGCGAUGGUUGGCAGGCUAAGGAGGCAGAAGGCUAUCGAACAAGUCACCUGGAUGAUAUUAUACAUAAUUUCAUGGCCUAACUGUGGCUUCGGUGUCCUUUAUAGCCAAAGAAGAUGUGGUCUAUAAAUGUCAUUAUCCUCCUGCUCUUCUGUUACGCGUGUCUUUCCACUGGUGACAACAAAGUGUUCUUUCACUCUAAGAACUUUUACAACGUGCUCUACUGGGACGAGGCGGAGCCAUCAUUCCCUGACGAAAAGAUCCUCUAUAGCGUGCAGUACAGAAGACACGUUGGGGAGCUUCCAUACCAGAUGAAAAGCGAGUGUCAGAACAUUACCGCUCGCUCUUGCAACCUGACCGCAGAAACGCCCUCAGUGCCACAUGUUCAAUACCGAGCUGUGGUUUACGCCAAUGGACGUUUUCACGGCCUCACCACUAGGUUUAAUCCCAUCGCAGACACCAUUUUUAGUAAACCCAUCCUGUCUUUGAACACAACGUCAUCUUCCUUGUAUAUUCAUGUGACGCUUCCGCUUGGACCAAAUGGAAUAUCCCUUGAGGACAUCAUUAAGAACAGUAAAAACGGGCCCACGACACCGUUAAUUCAAUAUACCUUAAACCUCACUUCCCCAACACAGGUGCAUCACAAUAGUUCUGGCAACUUUGUCGUUGACUUUAAUGGCAAAACCAAGUACUGCGGCUAUGUGGUCUACAAGCCUUCCCAUGAGUGGGGUCGUCCGGAGAGUGAGAUGGCCGACUUCUGCGUAACUCCAGCAUACGAUCCUAGUGAGAUUCUGCCGUGGCUCCUCAUGGGUGCCGCUCUGCUGGCGGUCCUUGUCAUGAUAUCAGUUGGGGCUCUGUGCUUCUACGUGAAGAGUGGCAACAAAACGAAGCUGCCACACUCACUGGAAAUAAUUGCUACCACUACAUUGCCAAAGGUAGAGCAUUCUCCAGCUAUUUUAAAAGUGAUUGUCUGCACUCAAAGCGAACAAAUAUAUUUGUAUGAGUGCACCAGCAUCAGGCCCAGGCCAAAUGGGCCUUCCACUGCACCUGGAGACUAUUCCCCGCAGGAUAUUCCUUGCCAACCCUGGCUGGGCAGCACUGGCUCUUCGGUGGAGAGGCAGAAUCAUCAGGACGUAAGCUCCCAGUCGUCUGUCAUCUACAGUUCAGUGACCAUGGCUGUUCCGACAGAAGAGAAGGAGCUCCUGGGAGUCAUCCUGGGGGACAGUGAAAGCCCAUUGCUUUUCUCUGACUCACAAAGCGCACCCAAUGUGGAGGUUUGGGACAGAGAUCCAGGCAGGCAGUUGCUGUUGCAUACAGUGCAGGACACCAAUGGACAACUUCAGUUGCCUUCGCUCAUGCUCCAGUUAGAGAGCAAUACAAUUACACACCCUGAACCUGAAAGAAAACCCCUUUUGUCUAAUCUCCUAGUCUCCACAGAGGAUGAAUCCUCUUUAACAUUGUUGCAGCGCUCAGAAUCAUCUGACUCAGGCUGUGAAGAUGGCGCUUUAAACACACCGAACCUGCAAGACUGGGACUAUGCCCACUUAUCCCCGAAUCAGACGACAACACUUGGUUUCUACCUGGGAAAAAACAUGACAUGUAGUGAUGUAAAUUCUCAAUCAGGAUACAAACAAAACUGGAUGCCUUCAUUCCCCUUUGGAAUUGUACCUAAUGAUGAUCUGGACGACAGAAUGAACAACCCUUCUGGGACUUUUAUUGCUCACCCUAAAGAAAUAGUGGAUGGUGCUUUUGCCAAGGAUAAAGCAUCAGAAGAAGGAAUAUUUCUUGGAGGUUGGGGGUUAGAAAUACAAGAGUAAUCUGACCUCUCUAAAACUUAUAUUUUUGCUUUUGUAUAUAUUAUUUGUACAUAUUAAUAAGUCAAUUUUGACACAAAUGAACAUGUACAAGCCGAGAACCUCAAAUUGUGACAUCCUGCUUCAAUGUGAUUGCAUGGCAGGCAGAUAAGCACCGGAGUGACAGUUGUAGUGCAAUCUACUUACACCUUCUGAAUAAAAUGGAACUAAAUCUGAUUAUCUACAGCCGGUAAAUAGAUGAAAAAUGUCUGUCAUUUCAAGUUUGUCUGAUUUGUUUUACAGCUUACAUAUUUCAGUGUUAUGAGCGAUAUAUAAAGAGUGCUUUGACAUUUUAAAAAAUGUGUUUUCCGUUUUCCUUCAUUCAGAGUUCAUGAACUUGUUUGCUCUCUCUAUUGUUUGCUG